CCCCUUGCAAAAUUUUUGCUCCGUGACGUCACGAGGCUGCUUUAUCUGCCGGCUGUGGGCACGAGCAGUCAGCGGCCCGGCUUUAGUUCGGCAGUUCACGAACCAGGACCAAACCAGAACCGGCUGUUGAUGAUUUCUACCAAAACCCACAACAAAGGCGCGCGGAUGGCGGUGGCACCAGCAGGCCUGAAGCAGUGCCAGCAGGCCCAGGAGCAGCUGGACAGCGCCAUCAGCUGCGUACUGAGGGCCGAGCAGCAGCUCAGGGAGAACGCCAGAGAGGUUCGCCUGGAGCUGCAGAACUGCGUGAGCCGCCAGCAGGAGGCGCUGCGCUGCAGGGAGGUGUGGCUCCUGGGUCAGAUCGAGCUGCUGGAGCAGGUCAAGUCAGAGACUCUGCAGCAUCAGCUGCAGCAACUGCACCGGCUCCGAGGACAGUUCGACCUGAUCUCCCCGCUGCUGCAGAGCUCCUCCGGCAGCGAUCUGAGUCGGCAGCUGAACAGCUGCAUGGAGCGGUUGUCCUCCCUGAGCCUGACUCCGGAGGAAACGCCCGAGAUGAGUUUCCACGCCGACACGCGCUCCCUGAGGCACGCCAUCACCUCAUUCGGCAGCAUCACCGCACAGGUGGAAGAGGCCGGCUCAAAUCAGAGCGCUGUUCUCCAGCGGGGUCAGGUUCACCCCUCUACCAAUCAGCAGACGGAGUCGGCGACUUGGAGCGAGUGGCUGCUGGGAGCUAGUCCGGCCGGGAGCAGCAGCUCUCCUCCUCACUUCCAGCCAAGCAGCGACCUUCAGGAUUGGUUGCAGACGGGUCAGGACUCCAAGACUUCCUCUCCAGUUCUGGGUCACGCAGACUUCCUGCAGGCCUGGGGACAGCUGCUGGACCUGGAGGCGUGGCUCCUGCAGGACCAGAACCGGGUCAGUCGGGAGCGAACCAUCAGCAGCAGCUCUAGCUCCACCUUCUCCAUCGAGAAAAUCGACGAAUCAGAGUUCAGCUCGCCUGAGGAGGAGGAGGAGGGGGAUCUGGGUGACUGGCUCGUCACCCCGCCCCUCGCCGCCUCCGAUGGGCUGUCGGACGCCGAGCGGUGGCGCAGCGUGCUCCGCCCCUUCCAGGACGGCUGGGUGUCCAGCGAGUGGCUGGUGGAGGCGGGGCCCUCCGCCCCCAGCUGCAACUCCUGCUGUCAGAGCAGCAGCGCCGUGGAGAUCGAGAACCUGGGCCAGCUCAAGUGCCUUAAGAGCCCACCGGCACCCGUCUCGGCAAGCCCCGCCCCCACAGUAGAGGCGUGGCUUCAGCAGGUGGCGCCGCUGCAGCAGACCUGCAAGGCCAACGAGCCGUGCUCCUCCUACUCCGAGUGCGUCUGCGACGACAACUGUGGGAAGGAGGCGCUGAGCCGCUGGCUGCUGAAGCAGGAGGGGCGGGACAAGAACGGCGUCCUGCUAACCAAAAACAGCUCCGCCCCCCAGCAGCACAAGGAGCACGAACACAAGGUUCAAGCCAUUUUAGAGGCGUGGCUCCACCCCAGCACCUGCAAAGCUCCGCCCAUCUCGUCUCCAUUCCAGUUUCCUCUAAAUCCGGACGUCUGGGUUCUUCCUAAAGAAGACACCACCCAGCUGGGGGAGGACGGCGAGGACAAGUGGCUGCUGAGGAAGAGGAGUCAAGCCCAGGAGUGCCUGGUGCUGCCUGCCGUCUGUGACCUUUUCUCCUGCAUGAAAGUGGGCGGGGACAAGGACAGGUGGCUGCAGAAAGCUGCCAUGCAGAUGUGACGAUGACCGUGGGGGGGCUGCUCUCUUCUCCUCUUCGUCACUCGCUGAUAAUCGCACAUAAUGACACCGCCGCCUUCUUCCACGCUGCUCUUCCAGUCUGAAAGGAUCAAAAUGCUCUUCAUCCUCCUCAAAACGGCGUGACAUCUCUGUGGGCGGAGCCACGUCAGAGAGCAGAACAUUGUAGUUUCUUCAUAGUUCUAAUUUGCUUUUAUUGAAAUGAUCCAGAUUUCUUUCUGUUUCCGUCUGCUGUCGUCACAGCUCGCUGUUCAUACCUGACAGGUGUGCAGAUUCUGUUUUUGCAGAGCGCCACGUCCACCUGGACUCGUGUGUUCUCGGCCACAAUAAAAUAUUUUGACAGCA